UCUUUUUUCUUGUGAGGUGAAGAUUGAACAAGAAAAGAAAAAAAAAACUUUUCUCACAGUAACUACUAUGCCCACAAAACUCUUCUUAUCACAACUUCGUCUUCUCCAAUUCCAACCUAUGAAACUUCACUCUUCUCCUUUUCUCUCUCGAACCUUCUUCAAAUUCUCUCACCUCUCUCUCCGCAACGCACCCUUUCGUCUCCGCCCUUUCUCGUCCCGCCCAGACAGGAUCCGUUCUUCCAAAAGCCUCAUCGACGACGAAGCCGACCUCAGUAAUUGGGUCGACGCGUUGCGAACCGAUAACUUCGCUUCUCAGAGGAUGGAUUCCCGACCCGCACCGGUUGAUGACGGUCGGUCUGGCCCGAGGAAGAGUGGUGUUGGUAGGGGCUCUUCUUUAGGGAAGAGGAGAGGUGAUGAUUUCAGCAAGGGAAAACCUAAUUUGAAUUCGAAAAGGAGGUUUCAGUUGAGUAGUGAUAAUGAUGAUGGUGAUAGUGAUGAGGUUGUGGUGAGAGGAAAGUUUAAGGGUGGUGGUGGAAGUAUUGGUAAGUUUCUUAGUGAAGAAGAAACUGAAGAUGUUUCUGAAGGAGAAGAAGAGAGUCGCGGUCGUGAUGAUGAGGAGAUAGUGAAUAAGAGUAGAAGUGUUUUGUUUGGUAAACAAAAUGUGGUGUCAAAUGCUCCUAGACCUUCUUCACCUAGUGGAACUGCUUCUUAUUUAAGUGAUUCCAGGUUCGACCAGUGUUCAGUCUCCCCUUUGUCGUUAAAAGGAGUCAAGGAUGCUGGAUAUGAGAAAAUGACUGUUGUGCAGGAGGCAACACUUCCUGUAAUUCUAAAAGGUAAGGAUGUCCUUGCCAAGGCUAGAACAGGCACGGGAAAAACAGUAGCCUUUUUGCUUCCAUCAAUCGAAGUUGUCGUGAAGUCUCCACCAGGUGAUCGUGAUCAAAGGCGGCCACCAAUUUUUGUUCUUGUUAUAUGCCCAACUCGAGAGCUUGCAUCUCAAGCCGCUGCAGAAGCCACUAAACUGCUUAAGUAUCAUCCAACCAUCGGUGUCCAAGUUGUGAUUGGAGGAACAAGACUUACUUUAGAACAGAAACGCAUGCAAGCAAAUCCUUGCCAGAUCCUUGUUGCCACACCUGGAAGGCUUAGAGAUCAUAUUGAAAACACUGCUGGUUUUGCAUCUAGACUUAUGGGGGUGAAGGCCUUGGUGCUUGAUGAAGCUGAUCAUUUACUAGACAUGGGAUUUCGUAAAGAUAUUGAGAAAAUAGUUGCUGCAGUCCCUAAACAACGACAGACACUUAUGUUUUCUGCAACCAUUCCAGAUGAGGUGCGUCAAGUUUGUCAUAUUGCUUUAAGAAGGGAUUUUGAAUAUAUUAAUACAGUUCAGGAGGGUUCUGAAGAGACACAUGCACAGGUCCGCCAGACGCAUUUAGUUGCCCCUUUAGACAAGCAUUUCUCUUUAAUCUAUGCUAUUCUGAAGGAGCACAUUGCAGAUGAUGUUGACUAUAAGGUUCUUGUUUUCUGUACAACUGCUAUGGUAACAAGACUUGUUGCUGAUCUCCUUGGGGAGUUGAACUUGAAUGUGAGAGAAAUCCAUUCAAGAAAGCCUCAGAGUUAUAGAACCAGAGUUUCUGACGAAUUCCGGAAGUCAAAGGGUCUCAUCCUGGUUACUUCAGAUGUAUCUGCGCGUGGAGUUGAUUAUCCAGAUGUUACUCUUGUUUUACAGGUUGGCCUACCAGCUGAUAGAGAACAGUAUAUACAUCGACUAGGUAGAACAGGGCGAAAAGGAAAAGAAGGGCAGGGCAUACUGCUACUAGCUCCUUGGGAAGAGUUCUUCUUAGCUACCGCAAAGGAUUUGCCUAUUGGGAAAGCUCCAGAACCUUCAGUUGAUCCUGACACUAAGAAAAAGGUGGAAAGGGCUCUAUCCAAUGUGGAGAUGAAGAACAAAGAAGCAGCAUAUCAAGCAUGGCUUGGUUACUACAAUUCCAACAAGAAAAUUGGGAAAGAUAAGCUCAUGUUAGUGGAGCUUGCAAAUGAAUUCAGUAGAAGCAUGGGGCUUGAUAACCCUCCAGCUAUUCCUAAGCUUGUCCUUGGCAAGAUGGGUCUUAGAAAUAUCCCUGGUUUACGUUCCAAAUAGGUUAUUUAUUCAUUCCAUUCAAUUCUCACAAGUUAGUCUUGUUAGAGAGAAAUAUUCUUGAGUUAAAAUGCCCCCUUAUAGUUUGAUUGAGACUUGAAACUUGUGAAUUUCAAUUGUUAUGUUGUCAGUUGGGUAUUUUUGUAGUUCUAGAUGAAUUAUCAUUAACAACAUACUGCAGCAAGGAAAACCUCAGUGCCAGAUGAAUUUGUAAUAUGAAUUACUAUGUUGCAAGUUGCAACUGUGCAUUGACUAGAAUUUGCUAAAUUGAAGACUUUGCUUUGGCUAUUCAA